AUGCAGGCGGCUGCCGCACCCUUGGCGGUCGAAGCGCGGCCGUCGGUGGCGGUGCUUCCCGAAACGACGCGCCAGGCGAUGCUGCUGAGAUCCUCGGCGUGGCGGGGAGGCUGGUCCGUACCCGCGGGCCUUGGCGGUGUAUCUUCUCGCAAGGACGACAGCCGUCGGCUUCGGUGGGAGAGGUGCGCUGCAACGGCACCGCUGAAGCCGCCGCCGCCGCUGCCGGCGUGA